CGGCGGCGGCGGCGGGCGGAGACCGCGCUCCCCCUUCCCCGGCGGCGGCGGCGGCGGCGGCGGCGGGGGGCAGGACAAUGGAGGUGGCUGUGGAGAAGGCGGCGACGGCGGCCGCGGCGGCUUCGGCGGCCGCCGCCGGGGGACCCUCGGCAGCGCCGAGCGGAGAGAACGAGGCCGAGAGUCGGCAGGGCCCUGACUCGGAGCGCGGAGGCGAGGCGGCCCGGCUCAACCUGUUGGACACUUGCGCCGUGUGCCACCAGAACAUCCAGAGCCGGGCGCCCAAGCUGCUGCCCUGCCUGCACUCCUUCUGCCAGCGCUGCCUGCCCGCGCCGCAGCGCUACCUCAUGCUGCCGGCGCCCAUGCUGGGCUCGGCCGAGACCCCGCCGCUGCUCCCCGGCCCCGGCUCGCCGGUCGGCGGCUCCUCGCCGUUCGCCACCCAAGUGGGAGUCAUUCGCUGUCCAGUUUGCAGCCAAGAAUGUGCAGAGCGACACAUCAUAGAUAAUUUUUUUGUGAAGGAUACUACUGAGGUUCCCAGUAGUACGGUAGAAAAAUCUAAUCAGGUGUGUACAAGCUGUGAGGACAAUGCAGAAGCUAAUGGGUUUUGUGUGGAGUGUGUUGAAUGGCUCUGUAAGACAUGCAUUAGAGCUCAUCAAAGGGUGAAGUUCACAAAAGACCAUACUGUGAGACAGAAAGAGGAAGUAUCUCCAGAAGCAGUUGGUGUGACCAGUCAGCGACCAGUGUUUUGUCCUUUUCAUAAGAAGGAGCAGCUAAAGCUUUACUGUGAAACAUGUGACAAACUGACAUGUCGGGAUUGCCAGUUAUUAGAACAUAAAGAGCAUAGAUAUCAAUUUAUAGAAGAAGCUUUUCAGAAUCAGAAAGUGAUCAUAGAUACACUGAUCACCAAAUUGAUGGAAAAAACAAAGUACAUCAAAUUCACAGGAAAUCAGAUCCAGAACAGGAUAAUUGAAGUAAAUCAAAAUCAAAAGCAAGUGGAACAAGAUAUUAAAGUUGCUAUAUUUACAUUGAUGGUAGAAAUAAAUAAAAAAGGAAAAGCUCUACUGCAUCAGCUUGAGACCCUAGCAAAGGACCAUCGCAUAAAACUUAUGCAACAACAACAGGAAGUGGCUGGACUCUCUAAACAGUUGGAACAUGUCAUGCAUUUUUCUAAAUGGGCAGUUUCCAGUGGCAGCAGUACAGCACUACUUUAUAGCAAGAGACUGAUUACAUACCGGUUACGGCAUCUCCUUCGAGCAAGGUGUGAUGCUUUCCCAGUGACCAACAAUACCAUCCAAUUUCACUGUGAUCCUAGUUUCUGGGCUCAAAAUAUUCUCAAUUUAGGUUCUUUAGUAAUUGAAGAUAAAGAGAGUCAACCACAAAUGCCUAAGCAGAAUCCUGUCAUGGAACAGAAUUCACAGCCACAAGGUGGUUUAUCUUCAAACCAGUUAUCCAAGUUUCCAACACAGAUCAGCCUAGCUCAGUUACGACUCCAGCAUAUGCAGCAACAGGUAAUGGCUCAGAGGCAACAGGUGCAACGGAGGCCAGCACCUGUGGGUUUACCAAACCCUAGAAUGCAGGGGCCCAUCCAGCAACCUUCCAUCUCUCAUCAGCAAACCCCUCCACGUUUGAUAAAUUUUCAGAAUCACAGCUCUAAACCCAGUGGACCAGUUCUCCCUCCUCAUUCUCAACAGCUGAGAUAUCCACCAACCCAGAAUAUGCCACGACAAGCAAUAAAGCCCAACCCCCUACAGAUGGCCUUCUUGGCUCAACAAGCGAUAAAACAGUGGCAGAUUAGCAGUGGGCAGGCCCCCCCAUCAACUGCCAAUAGCACAUCCUCUACUCCUUCCAGUCCCACCAUUACUAGUGCAGCAGGAUAUGAUGGAAAGGCUUUUGGUUCACCUAUGAUUGAUUUGAGCUCACCAGUGGGAGGUUCCUAUAAUCUUCCUUCUCUGCCAGAUAUUGACUGUUCAAGUACUAUUAUGCUGGACAAUAUUGUGAGGAAGGAUACUAGUAUAGAUCAUGGCCAGCCAAGACCACCCUCAAACAGAACUGUCCAGUCACCAAAUUCAUCAGUCCCAUCUCCAGGUCUUGCAGGACCUGUUACUAUGACUAGUGUACACCCACCAAUACGUUCACCUAGUGCCUCAAGUGUUGGGAGUCGAGGAAGCUCUGGCUCUUCUAGCAAACCAGCAGGAGCUGACUCUACACACAAAGUCCCAGUGGUCAUGUUGGAGCCAAUCCGAAUAAAACAAGAAAAUGGUGGACCACCUGAAAAUUAUGAUUUUCCUGUUGUGAUAGUGAAACAAGAAUCAGAUGAAGAAUCUAGGCGUCAAAAUACCAACUAUCCAAGAAGCAUACUCACCUCCUUGCUCUUAAAUAGUAGUCAGAACUCUGCUUCUGAGGAGUCUGUACUAAGGUCAGAUGCCCCUGAUAGUACAGGAGAUCAACCUGGACUUCACCAGGAAAAUACCUCAAAUGGAAAGUCUGAGUGGCUGGAUGCCUCCCAAAAGUCACCUCUUCAUGUUGGAGAGACAAGGAAAGAAGAUGACCCCAAUGAGGACUGGUGUGCAGUUUGUCAGAAUGGAGGGGAACUCCUGUGCUGUGAUAAGUGUCCCAAAGUAUUUCACCUUUCUUGUCAUGUGCCCACAUUGGCAAAUUUUCCAAGUGGAGAGUGGAUUUGCACUUUCUGCCGAGACUUAUCCAAACCAGAAGUUGAAUAUGAUUGUGAUGCUCCCAGUCACAACUCAGAAAAAAAGAAAACGGAAAGCCUUGGUAAAUUAACACCAAUAGAUAAAAGGAAGUGUGAACGCCUACUUUUAUUUCUUUAUUGCCAUGAAAUGAGCCUGGCUUUUCAAGACCCAGUUCCUCUAACUGUGCCUGAUUAUUACAAAAUAAUUAAAAAUCCAAUGGACUUGUCGACUAUCAAGAAAAGACUACAAGAAGAGUAUUACAUGUAUACAAAGCCUGAGGAUUUUGUAGCUGACUUUAGAUUAAUCUUUCAGAACUGUGCUGAAUUCAAUGAGCCUGAUUCAGAAGUAGCCAGUGCUGGUAUAAAGCUUGAAAGCUAUUUUGAAGAACUUCUAAAGAACCUUUAUCCAGAAAAACGGUUUCCUAAACUUGAAUUCAGGAAUGAAUCAGAAGAUAAUAAAUUUAGUGAUGACUCAGACGAUGACUUUGUACAGCCUCGGAAGAAACGCCUCAAAAGCGUAGAAGAUCGCCAGUUGCUUAAAUAAGCAGCACCAUUGGCGUGUGCUGGUUUUUAGAUUUUUUGUUUGUUUGUUUUCAAAAAUUAUUUUGUAAAUAAUUUAACAUCAUUACAAAGAAGAGUUUGUGACAAUGCUGAUCUAUAAUUUUUUGAUGUUUACUAGAUUUUGCUUUUCUUAACCCAUUUUUUUAACCUUCUGAUUAAUAACGUAAGAAAAAAAGAAAGGGAAGGAGAGAGAAAGAAGAAAGAAGCACCUCCAACAAAAUAUACAUUGUUCCUACUUUCUGGAUUUCAAAACUGUAAUCUGGAAUGAUAACUACUAUAGAAAGGAAAUAGACUUUGUAUGAAUUCUAAGUUGAAAUUUUAAUGUGGUUUGGAUGUGUGCAUUAAUCCACUUUUAGAAAAUACCACUACUAAUUAAUAUGGCCCAACCGUGAGUUUAGGUGUACUGUCCUUAAGAACAGCUGGGCCACAGUGAAUUAACAUGGAUGGUUAUAAGAGUUCUAUCGUAGGAUGCCCACUGGUGCAACAAAAACUAGAUUAGACACUAUUAAGAAGGCACCUAAUAGUCAUGUAAGAUGGCAAUUGUAUUAAAGAAAAAAUGGGAAAACAAGUGUUUUUUAUUUAUUUUUUCUUGUCUGUAGAGAUGUUUGCUAUAGCAGAUUUUCAAGGCCAUUUUCAUACAUUUCUUAAUUGAACUUCUUCCACUGAGAAAGUAAGUGAACACAUUUCGUUUUACUGUAUGUCUAUCUGUGGUUUUGUUGCUUGUUUUAACUGUGCAGAUGAUCCUUAUAUGAAGACUCAUUGUUUGCAGUAUGGUUUUUAGUGGAACACCUGAAAUAUGAAAUACAGUUGUGUGCAGUAUUUGAUGUGAGGAUUUUAAAAAACACACCCUGAAAGGGACUAGUUUUUGUUGUUUUCAUCUGUCUUUUUAAUUUGGAAUGAAAAUGUAUUGUGGAAUUUGGGAACAGGAAAUUGGAGAGAAUUAUAGUGAAAUUUUAAUUUUUUUCUGAAGCAUCCAUUUCCUAUUUUUAAGAGCCAGACCCUAAAAUUGAUUCUUGGAUCUCACUUAAUUCUGAAUUUCAUUUAUGUCCUUCCAAUAGAGAUACAAAAGAUGUCUUCUGAGGGCAAGCGUAUUCCUUAAUGGGCCAGACCUAGCUAGUUUAACUGACAUUCAUUUAUUUAUUGGUCAGUGUCAAAGAAAGAAACUAGAUUAAGAUAGUGCCCCUUGCUAAUUUAACAUUUGAUAAAAUAUUUACAUAUGAAUUAUUUUUAGUUUGCCAAAGUAAACCUUUAUUUAUAAAACACUAAUUGGCUGAGGACAUUUUUCUCUGUAGGCUGAUGGAAUGAAAAUAUGGCUGUCUUGAAAGAAUGUUACUUUUUGGAAGGUAUCAUCUUCCAUGAAUUAAACCUAGAGGACUUGAUUUUA